AUGGCAUCCUACUUCCCCGAAGGCGAAUGCUUCUUCGUUCGGUCAUCCCUCAAGUACGGAAACAACUGGUCUGCAGACAACGCGGAACAGUUUUACAGCCAUGUCCUCAUCGAAUACCAGUGGAACGGCUGGGUCGGGAGCGGGAACAUCGCGCCGACGCACCCGCGGUCGAAAAUCCAGGCCGGGUACGCUAGCCUGUAUAACACGCGUUUCGUACAAUGGGACAGGUUCUUUGUCGGCGAAAGCAAGACCACGGAUCCGGGCAGCAUGCUCGCCAUCACCAGUCACCCAAACAGUCUGAACUGGAAUGAGAUGCGCGACCUCGACAGGGGCGGACCAAGAAAGUACAUUCUGCGACCCGUCAGGAUUCGCAACAAAGAGACCGAAUGGCUAUGGAUCGACGCAACGAUCCCCAUCCGGGCCAUCUACUUCCCCGUCUGCCAGCAGACCGACGAGGCGUACAAGCAGUACUGCACAUACGUCGUCAUCGACUUCAAGGCCCGGGACACCAUCAACUGCUUCAACACGGCCGGAGAGCCCCGCACCUACCCGUCCACCCGUGAGUCCGGUCUCGGCCUCGACCGGGGCCUAACGUGGCUCUUCAAGGUCCCGGACCUCGUCACCUACCUGACGAUCCCUCACAAGGUACGCAAUCCCGAGUACGGCGUCUACAAUGCACAGACCAAGACCGACGCGCUGUUCCUCGUCGCGUAUGCGGGGCUCAACUGGCGAUCCAACGAUACGCUGGCCGCGGAGGGCUUCCACCGCGAAAUUGACCUGGCCAAGGUCAUUAGCGCCACCUUUGGCGUCGAAGUCGGCUGGCGUCCGUACAAGUAUUCCUCCUUCAUCCUGGACCUGGUCACGCACGUCGUCCAGCUCGGUCUCGGCUUCAUUCCCGGGGCGGGACCGCUUUUGUCGGUGGCGUUUGGGAUCGGCCUCCAGCUUCUCAACGAUCCUGAUGCGUUCAAGGCGGAUAAUGUCCUGGAUAUUGGCGCCGCGGUUCUGUCGACGUUGAUCGCUUCGGCUGGGAAGUCAAAGAAGUACGUUGCUCCGGGCUUUCUUCCGGGUGCGUCCUUGUCGUCGGCAAGGAUGGCGAGUGUGCGGGUGGCGCCCCGGGUUUUGACUUCUGCACCAGAAGCGGACGAUAUGAUGGCUGAUGAGGUGGAGACUACGGACGAAGGUGACGUUGCCGAGAGGAAGAAGGCUGGCGAGGAAGAGAAUGCGCGAAUUACGGCGAGUAUCCAAGCGCAACGACAGGUUCUUGAGAUGACACUGGAUGAGGCAUUCCGAAGGGCUGGGUAUUGA